UCCGAAAAGGCUGAUGCGAUUUAAGCGGCAGUUUUGGGACGCGAUGGCAGUUAAAACUCUGACAUCAAGUGAAAAUGUAUAGGGAGUUUACAGACGUGCUUUCCUACUACAACGAUGAUCUGACGUUUGGUGUGUUUGUGUUUCACAUGUAGCUUAAUGUAGAGCAAAACAGUAAUGUAAAGCUGUGUAGCCUACUAAUAUAUUUUAAUGAAAUCACUACAUUAAUUUUACUCUCAUGCCUGUUUCUAAAAAUGACUACAUAAGUGUUGAAAACUGUCAAAAAUAUUUUUUGUCAGCAUCAGUUUCUCAGCAUCAGAUCACCCGAUUAAUAGUUUUGUAUAAAUGAUGUAGUAAUGUAUUACAAUAUGGGCUGGGAGAGAUGGCUCUUAGCCUACAAGAGGCCCCUGGUAACACUUCACUUAAGGGGGCACAAAUACUUAGUAAUAACUCAGUUACUACUGAAGUACAAAUCGUGAAUAAACAUAGUUUCUACCUGAGAUAAAAGAUGCGUCGCCAUUCAUUAAUGAUGAUCGAACAUGAGAUCAAUACUUGUGUUAUUCAUUAUAGUUGUUCCUUCAGUAGUUCCUUAUAAGUUCAUUAUUCCUUCUGUAGCUCACAAAGGUUUACAGAAUUAACAGAUAUAGUAAUAAAUAUAGUAACUGCUUGAGAUAAAACAUGCAUCAUGAUUCAUUAUUAAUGAAUUAACAUGAGAUCAUUAUGUAACUAACUUAGUUUGUGGUUAAUUAAUACACAAGUAAUAGCAUAACACUAUUAUUUCUGCCCCGUCAAGUGUUACCCUUGGUAUUUUCGUAAAACAGAUAUUAUACAAAACUUUUGACAGCUCUUUCAUUGCUCAGACCUACAUUUUAUUUCAUGUAUUUUUUUUUAUCCCCGACUAGGCUGUUGUGGAUAUUUAAGAAAUCAACGCUAAAGGAAAACAUUCUUCUAAAAAUAGACAUGAGGUAGGGGUGACUUCAGGUGUUGUGGGACAUCAAGUAAUGCGGGACAGUUAAGCUUUGACAAGCUUUUUUUUCCUGGCUAAAGUAGAUCCAAUUAAAAUAGUUGUUAUUGAGAGCGGGUAUAGAAAGCACAUGAUCCAAAAAACAGAUUUUAUUGGUCUGAGGUCAAAGUUGAGGGCGUGGCAAGGAUUUUACGGGAACAUCUCUCAGAAAUCACAGGCUAUACAGACAUGCAUGGAACAAAGUACUGUCAAGCAAACUGAUUUCUUUGCAUGGAUUUGGAAGUGAAAUAUUAACCAAGGAGUGAAAAACAUAAAUCUAGCUCACAGGGAGAGCUUCUUGAGACAGUAAAGGAGGACUGAACAGGCUGCAGGAGGCGUCUGCGGAGGAGAACUUCAUUGACAUGGACAAGAAAAUGGAUAUCACCCAGGAGAGUGAUGAAAAAACCAAAGUGAAACAUUCACCGAAAUUAUGUGGCACCAACUACCCUGUAAGCAUCGCCUUCAUUGUGGUGAAUGAAUUCUGCGAGAGAUUCUCCUACUAUGGCAUGAAAGCUCUGCUCACACUCUACUUCAUGAACUACUUGCACUGGGACAAGAACCUCUCCACGGUGGUGUACCAUGCAUUCAGCAGCCUUUGCUACUUCACACCCGUCCUGGGGGCCAUCAUCGCCGACUCCUGGCUUGGGAAGUUCAGGACCAUCAUCUACCUCUCCAUAGUGUAUGUCAUCGGUCAUGUGGUGAAGUCUGUGGGGGCCAUUCCCACCCUGGGGGACAACACCAUGCACGUAGUGCUGUCCCUGACGGGCUUGGUGCUCAUCGCCAUUGGGACGGGGGGGAUCAAGCCCUGUGUAUCCGCCUUCGGAGGAGACCAGUUUGAGGAAGAACACGUGGAGGAACGGAGGAAGUUCUUCUCCAUAUUCUACAUGUCAAUCAAUGCUGGGAGUGUCUUAUCCACCAUUAUCACGCCGAUACUGCGAGGUGACGUGCAGUGUUUCGAGGGUGACUGCUACGCUCUCGCUUUUGGGGUGCCAGCAGCUUUGAUGCUUAUCGCCCUUGUUGUGUUCAUCGCUGGGAGCAGCUUGUACAAAAAGAGCCCCCCCGAGGGGAACGUGCUGCUGGAUGUGUGCAGGUGCAUGGUGUUUGCUGUGAAGAAUCGCUGGAGAAGUUCAAAAACUGACCCUAAAAGAGCUCACUGGCUGGACUGGGCAGAGGAGAAGUUUUCGAAACGCCUCAUCCAGGAGAUCAAGAUGGUUCUCCGGGUGCUGCUACUUUACAUCCCCCUUCCCAUGUUCUGGGCCCUCUUUGACCAGCAGGGCUCUCGGUGGACACUGCAGGCCACCAGAAUGAAUUUGGACUUUGGCCCGUUUGUUCUGAAGCCGGAUCAAAUGCAGAUGCUAAACGCUUUGCUGAUAUUGGUCUUUAUCCCGAUCUUCGACAUGGGAGUGUAUCCACUCAUUGGCCUCUGCAAGAUUAACUUUACGCCGCUGAAGAAGAUGGCCGCUGGCAUGAUUCUCGCAGCCCUGGCCUUUGUAGCUGCAACGAUCGUGGAAGUGAACGUCAUAAAAACUGUGGUGGAGGCUCCACCAGCGGGGCAGAGCUUAUUGCAGAUUCUCAAUCUGGCAGAUGGUGAGGUCAGGGUGACUAUUUCGGAGACUGGCCUUUUCCCAGAGCCCAUCAAGCCCUAUGAGGAUCCAUGGGAAUAUCAGAGGCUACCGCUGAAUGGAAUAAGUCAAAACCAUACAGUCAAGAUCAAGUAUGACGCAGUAGACUUUAACUGUGUUCUUUCAUUCCACGAACAAAAGGCUUAUAGCUUGAUCCUGCACAAAGACAUAGCCAACAUUGAAUGUAAACUUGUGGAAGACUUAAUUGAGAAAUCUGAGAAAGGUGAUGCAUUCGUCAGGUUUGUCAAUGCCAACAACGAGGGCCUGAAUGUGACUGUUGGUGGGCAGGACUUUCAGGUAGCACCUGCGUAUGGCAUCUCUCCCAGUAAGAGCGUGAUGAGAGCACAAUACAGUGACGUGAAAUGCAUGUCGGACCAAAACCAGUACUCACUAGAUCUGGGUCUCCUUGACUUUGGUGCAUCCUACACUGUCAUUCUGGAUCCACAGAUCCCCAAUGGAUUAGUGGCCAGAAAGAUGGAGGACGUCCAUGCAAACAACGUACAUAUUGCCUGGCAGGUGCCGCAAUACGCCCUUAUAACAGCAGGGGAGGUCAUGUUCUCCAUCACGGGCCUAGAGUUCUCCUAUUCUCAGGCCCCAGCCAAUAUGAAAUCCGUGCUGCAAGCCGUCUGGCUCAUGACGGUGGCCUUUGGAAACGUGAUUGUGCUGAUUGUGGCAGAAGGGGCCGGCCUGCAACAGUGGGUGGAGUUUGUGCUGUUCGCUGCUCUCCUGGUUGCCGUCUGCCUCAUCUUCUCCAUCAUGGGCCACUUCUACACCUACGUCAACCCUGACCGACUGGAUGAGAUGUUUUCUGAAGACACCAUUGAUGAUAAUGAGAAGAACUCGAAGAGACACCCAGGGGAAGAGGUGCCUCUCAAAAACGUGGCCCGAAACACCAAGAUUUAAUCUGGAGUGGAGUUUUAACUGGGCAGAUACACCAGGCCUUGCCAAGAAGCACUCCAGAGUGGUAAAGACAAAUAUGCUGUUUUCUCAGAUAGUAAAUCAGUUUAUAUCAAAAUGCAGCAACUAAAAUCUAUGUGGUUCAGAAGUAUAAAAUAGCCAAUGUAACACUUCUUACUGUAUAUUAAAAUUACAUGAUAGUGACAUGAUACUUAAGAUUUUUAAAGAAUUUCAUGGAAAGGAGUCGCUGCUGAUGAAUAGAAUAGCCCAUCCAGGCCUGGAUAAAUACUAACAGAAAUAAUAUGUUGUGAUACAGAUUUACCUACUUUUUUGGAACCUUUUGAAAGAUUGUUCCCAUUUGGUUUUACUUUUAUUUUUCUUAAGUAAUUUCAUAGUGUGUAUAUAUGUUUCUUUAGGGUUGAGCCAGUGUCCUUCAUUGAAAAAUAAUUUUUAAAUAACUAUUUAAUUCUGCUAAAACUUUCUUCAUAUUGCUAAUAAACUAUAAUACACUUGACCUAGUCUAAAUGUGCUUAGUCUGAUUUUCUUUUACUUGAAAAAUGACAAUGUUUACAGAAUUCGAAUUUAUUAGUGUUCAAAGUCAUAUUAAUAUCCUUGUGAACGUGUAUCUGAAAAACCCUUGAAUGCUUAUUAAAAGUUGGAAAAACAUUA